AUGGAUAAAGCGAACAGAGAAGAAGUGCCGUCGACUUCAGAGUCAGACAAUGUAGAAAGAGAGCCACUCUACUCGGAAGAACAUGUUGAAAGAGCAUUCGAGCUGCGAAAUGACGUGAGCAACCUGGUGAAACAGACAAGUUUGAGGUGGAUUUUCGUAGGAGGAAAGGGAGGAGUCGGAAAGACAACUGUUUCAUGUUCACUAGCAUCGAUUUUGGCCGAUCAUAGAGAGUCGGCAAAAACAAAGCCACUACUCCUAGAGGUCGUUAAAAACAAGGAUAGUCGAGAUGAAAAGGAGUAUUACUAUAAAUAUGAUGGACCAAAUUCAAAUACUUGGAAAUAUCAGGGACCUAAAGAUAUAACACUACAGGAAAGACUAGAUGAUAGAAACUGUGGUAGGAACAACGCUAUUGUGUUUAACGUUCAGAAUCCUGAAAAGGGUAUCCUCUCUGGAAAUUCUAAUUCUAAUUGUCUAACGACCACUAGAAAAAUCUCUGUUGUUUCUACAUCUCCACAAGGUCCUCCAAACGGUGACUACACCGUUGAAGAAUAUGCGAUCGGUGGGAAGGAUACCAAGAUCUCCAGGGUUACAUAUAAUAGAACAGAUAUAAAAGGUAUUCAUCUCACCAAGAAUGAUGAUAUAUUUAAAGUUAGAGUAUACUCACAUGCUGAUUCCCGAAGUAAUAGUACUCCACUUAUGCUCCAGUUUAUUAAGAAGGAUGAAAAGCAAUCAAAGUGGUAUUAUAGUAAAGACAAAAAUGGCAUUGAUUGGGGAACAGUUGAUAACCAUUCUGAAUUCUAUAAUCCAGGAGAUGAUCCUACUGAAGCACUUACAACUGGACUUGACGAUAUUAGGUGCUUUCGUGACAGUGAGAUUACUAUGAAUCUCACCAAAGACCAUUAUAAGGAACUUUCUAAGAAGCUUGCCAGUGAUGGUGGUGAAAACAAGUAUUGUUGCAGUUACCAUGAAAAUGACAAGGAAAGUAGAAUCUCUGUUGAAAAAAUAGAAAUUUCCUGUACUACACAUAAGAACCAAAGCUCCAUUACAGCCUAUAAACAUUCCAUUACUCAGACAGGUCUGAAGCUUACUGGAAUUAAGUACUAUGAGGGGGGUAAUACUGAAACUAGGAAAAGUGUAAAAUUUACUACACAACAAUUUCCUCUUCCCAACGUAAAAGCUGUUUAUGCUUUCUACUGUUCUGAGAACCCAGUGCUAAUUUAUGUGGACUCACCUGGCCAAGAUGAAGUUAAAGGAUGGUACCAGAAAAAUAAGGAUAGUGAAUCUGAAUGGACAAAAGUAGAGACCGGGCUCCAUGAUACAGACCCAGACAAGGUAGACGACUGUAACAAAUGGAACACCCUUGUUAAGGUAUUAAAGGAGGUAGGGGGUUGUACUGACUUGAAAGAAUGUCCUCCUAGUUCUGCUUGGAAAAUAGGUCUUGGAUCCGGAUCAGCUUCAGCUCUGGGUACAGGAGGAACAGCUUAUGUGGGAUGGUACUUCUGGAAAAACUACUUCUUUGACCCUCUUGUACGCUUAAUAUAA